AUGUCAAAGGGUAGAGGCAUCAACGUGGAUGUCACAGAGCCAGAGAAGGUUUGGAGACCCGGGUCUCGAGAUGAUGGCGAUGUUUCUCCAACAGGAGGGGAAUUCCCUCGAGACGGUGAAGAAACAGUCGGAUUCUGGAGAGUAGCUACGAAAACAGCGGAUGACAACCAUGCCGAAAGGAUUGCAGAAGGAAUUCCAAAUCCCUUUCGCUUCCAUCCUAUUAAGAUGUUGACGAUCACGGCAAAGAGUACAUCGAGAUUGAGCUCAUACACUCACAUUUUGCUGCCUGCUAUUCCAGCGGGUAUUGUCAUGUGGUAUACCAGUCGGGACAAGAGUCCUAUGUUGGUUUUUAUUUUUAAUUUUAUUGCUAUGAUCCCUAGCGGGAAUCUAUUGGCUUUUGGGAGUGGAGAGUUACAACAUCGAUUACCGAAGAUCUGGGGAGCGUCUCUUGAAAUCUUCACCGGUGCUAUCGUCGAAAUCAUCAUAUGUCUCAUUCUUCUCGUCGAUAAACAAUUCGACGUCGUUCGCGCCGCUCUGCUUGGAUCUAUGUUCGCAAACCUACUGUUGAUUUCUGGGGCUUGUUUUCUGGCUGGUGGUAUCGCGUGGAAAGAACAAAAAAUUGCACCCUAUGUCAUCGAGGUCUCGAGUGCAGCUCUACUUGUUAGCGCUGUUGGAACCGUGGCACCGAGCCUGUUCUUUCAGACCAUCCACUACCGAAAAGAUGUGAACGAACAUCGGGCGGAAAUGAGGGUUUUGAGAGUCAGUAGGGUAGUUAGCAUUGGGCUUUUUUUCUCAUAUCUUUGCUUCCUGUUCUUCCAGCUACAUACCCAUAGCUCCAGUUUCCACCGUGUUCUUGAGCGAGCCGAGAGCGUUUACAUCGGUAGAAAGCAAUACCGUAAGAAGCUCUCCGUUUUGGAAGCCAUCUUCAUUAGUACUAUUGGGUUGGUGUGCGUUUCCUUCUGCGCCUAUUUUUUGGUUCGAGAGAUCCCUGGAAUCGUAGAGGAAAAAGAGGUUUCAGAGUUAUUCAUGGGUCUUAUCCUUGUGCCUCUUAUCGAAAAAACAUCUGAACACCUGACUGCAUUGAAUCAAGCCUGGGAUAACCAAAUUGACCUAGCAAUAUACCACUGCCUUGGCUCCACAAUCCAAACUGCCCUCUUGGUCACCCCGCUUAUCGUCAUGGUCGGGUGGGCUAUGAAUCUGGAUAUGGAUCUAAAUUUCCAGCUCUUUGUAGCUUUAUCGUUACUCUUCGCUAUUCUCGUAGUUGGGAAUUUCAUGCGAGAUGGUAAGACCCAUUGGUUGAAGGGUAUCUUCCUACUCAUGAUAUACUAUGUUCUUGCGGUUGCGGCGUUUAAUGAUCCGAAUGAGAAGAAGGAAGCUUGGGGAAAGAGUGUUCGAGAGGGUGUCGAGGCUGCGCAUGCUGCGCAUGCUUCUGCUGCAAACGAAGAGAGACGGAGAUUGUUUAAGUUUCUAUAA